CGCACGCAGCGAUGCAAGAACGCAACAAAAAGUCGUCAGCAAUCAGCAAGCAACACACGUUCAAGUUGCCGGCAUAUGCAUGAUGCGGUGGUUGCUGUCGCUGCUGCAUGUGGUGGCGGCCAUCGUCUCCACGGCGUCUUUGCCAGCGAGGGCCGACACACGUGUGGAGGUGCGCGUGAAGGGACGCGAGCUGAUCCAACGCCUGCCCAUCCUGGAGGCGGGAGCGGCGUAUGCAGUUACCAACAUCGACGCUGCUCUCCAGCCAUAUUACAAUGUGCAGCUGCUCACCCCGACCACAACACCAGAGCUUGAGGCCCAGGACAGUGAGCUGUGCAUCGUAACAACAAUCUCAGAGAUAUCUUUCACCCAUUCAGACUGCACGGUAUUGGAUUCGGAGGUCAACUCUGUCUGGGGGUCGCGAGUGGUUCAGCUGCUCAAGGCCUGGCACUGGGACUCCCUCGUCGCCCUUUCGUCCAAGUGCUCGCCCGCUGACUUGACCUCUGGUCAGCUCAACCUUGUCACACAGCUCCGCAACGAGGGCAUUGAGGUUCGCUUUCGACAGGAUGCUCUGAGCGCUACGCCGUGCAUUGAGCCAUGGCGAAGCAACCACCACAUCGGCGUCCUCUUUGCGAACGGUGUAGAUGAAACUGUUCAGGCUGUCAUCAUUGCACACAACGCAGGCUUUAUGAAGAAAGGGAAUGUGCUGCUGUGGCUGCCGUAUCUGCUGUCAGCGGACAUCAAUGCCGUUGUGCAGCGACUGCUGGAAAGCGGGCACGGCGAAGUGGCGACUGCGCUUGAGGCGUGUACGCUGGUGCUGACAUCGCACGGGGGCGGCUGGGCUGCAGCCAACAGCCGCAUUGAUCACGAUGCACUUCGCGCCGCCACGGCAAACAUUAUCGAUGUACGAAACCACUUUGACACCACGCUGUUCGACACCAUCGCGGGCAUGGUGCGUGUGCGUGUCAGCAUUGGUCUUCGCCUGACCGGGAGCACGCCUUUGUUGCUGCCAGCACUGCCAUUGAUGGGCGUACCCACCACAUCGGUUGUCGUGUCCACCCUGCCCCUCCACGUGUUGCGGCCUGGCGAGUACAUCCUGCAGGCAAACACAAAACGCGUCAUUGUCUCCGCGCCAGCCAACGAGACGGACAGCGGGCUGACAUACUUCAAUGCCCUGAUGGAGGAGUGGGACGAGCCCGUGUUGCUGCUUGAUCGUGCCCAUCUCAACCUCUUUCCGCACGCCCGCUCUCCAGUUGCCGUCGACACCAUUGUCACAUUUGAGAGGUCUGCGUCCUUCUUUAGCGACGUGUUGAAUCCAAUUGACGCAUACAUGACUGCGGCGUUGGAGUUUAUGACACUGAAACACCCGCACAUAGCUCUAAACGUGCGAACCGUGGACGCGUACAGAACAGGCUGUGCAGAGGGCAUUUACGAGGGGGCAGUGCCCGAUGUGGUGAUAGGCGCCGGCAGCAGCCACUGUACGCUGGAAUUUGGUCGCAUCACAGCACGGGAUGGCGUGCCAACAGUAGCACCCGGUACAGCAACAGCCCUCCUCUCGAACAAGCAGGUCUACCCCACCGUCUUCCGGCUUGCCCUGCCCACGACAAUCCAGGGGCAGGUCGCAGGUCGCAUUGCGCAACAGCUGGGCAUCACAUGUGUCACGGUGGUCUACGACAGCGUGCCAGCGCACAUGGAGCUUGCCGCUGCGUUUGUUGACGUCAUGCGAAAGGCCGGGAUUGAGGUGCGACUCGAGCUUCCGUUUGGCAACACAACUUCCAUCCGCGAUAUGCUUGAUCGCAUCAUCGAGGCCGGCUCCCCCAACGUCUACAUCUCAGGGUACACGCCUGACGUGAGCAACGUGUUGGACGAGGCGUUGGCACGCGACAUGCUGGCCGAGCCGUGGCUGUGGAUAUUGGGGCACAGUGCGUUUGCUGCAAGCACGUUUUCUUCGGCUGUUGUGCAAGCGCUGGACGGGCGCAUGGUCACAACACUCGCCCCUGACACGGCGUUUUCGAGUGACCUGGGCCAGGAGUUUCUGGCGUUUCAGUCCUCCACACAGCACUCGGCCUAUCGCGAUGUUGCGACCACACGCAAGUUUAUCAUUGAGUUUGCGGACGCGGUGCACAUGACAGCACAUGUCGUGGACGAGCAACGGUACACGUAUGGGUUUGCCUUUGACCAGCAGCGCCGGCACGCUGCCAUCCUGGCUGGGCUUAAGGAGCUCACACCCGAGAAUCCCCUGCCAACAUUCUCGCAGCCGUUCACCGCAUUUGACGCGAGCCAUGAUGCGCUGGGCGAGCUGCAGCCUGCAUUCUUCGUUGGCGGCGGGUUUGUGGCGCUCAGCAACACCACCACUAACGAAGGCUUCACCAUCAGUGCACGCGUUGCUGCCGGCGUGCCUGCACUUGACGUGUGCUACGUGCCGCUCACUGUGCCACCGCGUACCAGCGACCCAGACGGCGCCCGCAACAACGGCGCUGCCCUGACGCAAGACAAGCUUGCU